AUGUUUCUUCGUUCAUCAUUAAGAUAUUUCACAACUUCAAGAAUGGUUUCAUCACAAGUUAAAGAUAAAGUUCAACAAUUAAUUAAAUCAAAACCAGUUUUUAUUGCUUCUAAAACUUAUUGUCCUUAUUGUGCUGCAACAAAGAAAACAAUUGAACAAAUUACAAGCGAUGCUUAUAUUAUUGAAUUAGAUGAAGAAUCAGAUGGUGCUGAAAUUCAAGAAGCUUUAUUAGAAUUAACUGGUCAAAGAACUGUUCCAAAUGUUUUCAUUGCUGGUGAACAUAUUGGUGGUAAUUCAGAUGUUCAAGCAUUAAAAUCAGAAGAUAAAUUAGAUGAUAAAAUUAAAGCAGCUUUAUAA